UCGCUUGAAGGUUAUUACCAAGAAACUGGACGUGCCGGGAGAGAUGGAAAGCCGUCCGACUGUGUGCUAUUAUAUUCAUAUUCAGAUAAACACACCAUUGACAGAUUAAUUAUUCACGGUGAAGGAAAUUAUGAACAAAAGCAGCAGCAAAGAGCUAAUUUACGGGAAAUGUUGAAGUAUUGUGAAAAUCAGAUUGAUUGUCGACGGCAACAAAUCAUGGCGUAUUUCGGGGAACAAUUUGAUAAAAGCCAAUGCCAAUUCACUUGUGAUAACUGCAAAAAUGCACUUACACAACAAAGAUCAACAUACGAUGCGCAAAAGGACGCUAAGCUGUUGUUACUUCAAGAUGUCCUUACUGAAAGAUAUCAACCAAAUGAUUAUGGAUCCGUGUAUUCAUAUAUUGAG